CAGGCACUCGAAUCGGUUCCGUCCUUUCGUUCGCGCAAUUGUGUCGGUGCUUGUGUGAAGUAGAAAAGUUUGCCAACCAUAUUACAAGAACCGAAGAGAAAAUAUGGUUUUCGAUUCGGUCAAAAAAUUCGAAUGCGAAAAAACUCUGUAUCUCGACAUUUCCAUUUCAUCGUACAUGCCAUUCUUGAAUGUGGCUUCUCGUACAUUUUCGUCACUUUCGUGCGCCUGUGUUGCCGCAUCCUUCUGCUGUCAUGAAGAUAAUAAGUAGACAUCAUGUCAUUGAUUUCCCUCUUGACUUCAAACUCUCGCAGGACCUCAUUCAAUGCUUCACCCUCCUACUUAUGAUUUUUACAUUAGAUUUCUCACCAAUAAGACUAUGACUGAUGCCCUUGUCAAUCCUGAUUUGAUUACGUGGUAGGUGACGCUCCCAACUUCAGGAGCACGAUGUAAGAGGUGCAUGUUUUGUACUAGCUGCGCAGGAGCGAACAGCACGUAGAAAAGUCAAAGCGCCAGUACGUAAGCGCCGUAUAACUAUCGCUGCGCUGAUCGAUAUUUUGCGACUUAGUCAACAACUUCUACAUUGAAAAGCAAAAGUUAAGAUUAAUUGUCCUCUUCGCAUGCUCUUCGUACCUGCUCCUUCCGAUGUUUUUGUCUGUGGUCCGGCUCGUAAUGACUAGUUCUCACGGCGGUGGCGGAUUUUCGUAAAAAUCGUUUGGGCUGUUGUAGAACUCAAAGUGGAGCUAGUUCUAGUGCACCUGCUGACCACCAGCGCCAAGAACCGGCAGUGGAGCCAUGACGGACAACCGGACAGAGAUUUACGACGAGCCGGACUCGCGCGAGACCGUGUCCGGCUCCGAGUCGGAGGAUGAUGCUAUCGAAGAGAAAAAAGUCUCCCCCCACGACUCCGUAAAGUUGAAAAGAAAUUUGCAUACAAAUCCCUCUGAUGUCAUGUGUGUCAGAAGGCAAGAGCAGAUUCAUACCGGCGUAAAAUUGAUUCUUCGUCGCGAGCACGUUCGAAAACGCUUUGCUUGUUCAGUAUGACAGCGAAAAGCUAAGGCACGACCCCAAUCGAUGACAAGUUCUUGCUUCCCGAUAUGUAUGUGCGUCACGGUUGGUGUUUCCUCGCCGUGUUGCAAGAUAAGUAAGUUGAUUUGAGAGCAGCACGCAAAACCCACUAGCACCGCUCUGACUACUUCAUCUAUGGGGUUGCAGAGGGGGUAAGUAUUUUCUUUCCUCGGGAUAGUCGCACCGACGCCCCAAAUUCCUGGCACCGACGCCUCGGAUAAGGAGAAGAAGAAAAAGAAGAAGAAGGACAAAAAAGACAAAAAGGAGAAGAAGGAAAAGUCAAAGCUAGAAUCCGGUGUCGAUGAGAAGAAAAAGAAGAAGGACAAAAAGGACGGGAAGCCGGACGAACUGUGCGUAAACGAGCUGGAGGGGUACAUUGAGAAAAAGGAGGCCAAAAAGGAAAAGAAGGAGCAAAGAUCCAAAAUGGCCUCCGAAGCCUUCGAUGGAACCAAACGGAGUCGGAAAUUCGGUACGGAAACCUUGAUUGAAUUACAUGCAGUUGCAUCCUUCUUCUUUUAGCGAAGCUUUUGCUACUAGUGAUCACCGGUUAAUACUUUUGAUAGAAGUUUUUGCUUUGAAUAUACUAUCCGAAUGGUGACUGCACACAAAGAAACAUUAACACUGCGUAGUGCAAACGCUGAUUGGCAAUAUGAACACAGGGGAGAAGAGUUUCGGGCCCACGGAUUACGAUCCCGAUAUUGCCGCCAUGGUACCAGUGCCACAGCCAACGAGUCAACUAAAGUCGAACGCCCCCACGAUUCCAAGGAUAGGUACUAUUUUCCGAAUUGUUUUCAUGGUUGCUCCCGCUCCUGAGACCGAGAAUAUUUUGUUCAUUCAGCACUGUUCUUGUAUUUCUCGUUUGUCGAAAAUAAUGAGAUUUUUUUCUAGAAAUAUUGAUCUUUAUCCGCCACAACCACAACAUCACAGCUGAGGGUGAGGCGCGCGCGAUACGACUGCAGGCAGGGACUGACACUUCCUCGUCCUCGGACUCCUCCAGCGACAGCAGCUCCUCGGAGGGCGGACGUGGUCCGAAGAAUAAGGCCACGAAUUUAGACUCCACCUCGUACUAUACGAGUAACGUCGCGGGCGGUUCCUCCUUGACCAAACCGGGGCGGCACCACCGCAUGAGCAUCCACCGGCACUCGUCCGAGCACCACCUACCACUGCACCACUUCAGCUUUUAUCCGGAGGGAAGCGCGCUGUCGGGCUUGCUCGUUGAGGUUGUCUCAGAGGAAAAUGAUAAAUCUUGUCCGACACACGGUUCGGUCGAUUGUAGCCCGGGUUCUUGCGGUGGAUCCACUUCCGGAUCUUGCGGCGCUGAAAAUCCAUCCCCACGGAUGAUGAAAACUAUGAGCGUGGACGUCGAAAGCAGCUUCGUGUUUGUGCCACCAGUAGAACCUUCGCAAGAGAUGACGUUUGUCGGAAAUAAUAGCCGGAUUGUUGGUGAAGAUUCGAAACGAAAUACGCCAUACAGAAUAGAAACGUGCGCCGCGAGGCCUGGGUUACUUCUACAACUUCCUGAGUCUUUGUCUGGAGAUGCCACAAUUAGAACCUCCGGGACUGCGCAUUAUGCACAGCUGCGGGAUGGAGCGUCAGCACGUGCAUGUGAAGAAGAAGAAGCACGGAAAAGGGACACGAAUCCAGAAGAUGCGAAUGCAGAAUACUAUCUGGAUGCAACGCCGUCGAGACCACGACCUCGUCCCGCAGAGAUGAAAAUCAUGCGUAGAGGAAAUAAAUCCCACCAGGAGCAGCAGGAGGCAAGUGCGGCACGAAAUAAUGCGUGCGGUUCAUCUGGCAGCAGCAUACCGAACCGAGUGGCACAACCCAACUACCGACGGCCCGCGCGGGCGCGAAGACGCGGGAUAAAGGACGCGGAUAAAAAACCGCAGCGGAAGGGCGGCGGAGCAACUGGGGUUUCUGAAGGCGACGGCGAGGACUUGUGACGGCAGCGACGUGAGUUUCUAAAAGUAAAGACGAUGUAAAAAAUGCAUUCGUGACGGGUGCAGCGCCAUUGCGUCGUGCAAAAACGCACCGGAAAGAGCAUUUUUGUGCGGUCUGCUAUGUCCUUUAAUGGCAUUCGCAUUUUUUACAUUUUUGCACGUCUCCCUUUUGUUCUCUCGUCGCUUCAAUUUCCAGUUUGCUCUAGCUUUUCCGUACCGCAUUUCGAUGGAGGAGUCACUUCUUUUCUUCAUUGUAUCAAAUUGUUUUUUUUUUGUAUUUCUAUUUUCCCAUUUCUUCUUUUAUCCUUGUUCCCCACAAGUUACUAAUUCUGAGUCUUAUACUUUUUGUUAAACCAAUAAGAAAAAAUAAAAAACUACCAUGAAAUGAAGAAUGGUACGAUGAGAUGACAGUAGUUGCAGGGCCUUUCGGGUUGUAUUUCUCGGGAAUCCCACUGUUUCUAUUUGUAUUUGCUCUGUACCAUCUCAGGCAACAUUAUAGGUCCUCGAAUGCCCGUUCCCGAGUUGUGUUGAAGCUAAACCUGCUUCUUCACGACCUGCGGAGAGAGGUGCCGAACCAGAUAUGAAAGUGAAACCGAAGAAAUCUUUUUGAAUUUUCUAUCAU